GACGUGUCUUCAAAAUUGAGUGAUUAGCGGUGUUAAUUAUGAUGUUCCUCUAAUAUAAGGUCUAAAGAAAUAUAUUUGAUGAGGAAUUUUAACUGGAAGCAUUGAAUGUUACAGGCUGUAGAGUUCAAAUAUAAUAUGGAGAUGCAUCAAAACAUUUUUCUAUCAAGCAUUUUAUUCAUCCUUUUAUUCAUCUGUCUUCCUCAUUCCGAUGGAUUUUAUGUCCCUGGCGUUGCUCCAGUAGAAUUCAAGAAAGGAGACAGUAUCGAAGUGAAGGCUGUUAAGAUGACCAGUACUUUGACUCAAUUACCAUAUGAAUAUUAUUCAUUACCAUUUUGCCGUCCGAAAAAAGGAGCAAUUGUUUAUAAAUCUGAAAAUUUAGGUGAAGUUUUACGUGGGGACAGAAUAGUCAAUACUCCAUAUGAAGUACACAUGGCUACAGAUCAGAAUUGUAGAGUUCUGUGUAAUAAUCCAAAAACUCCUCUGAAUUGGUCUGUUGCUGAGUCAAAACUUGUAGCUAAUCGAAUUCAGCAUGAAUAUUUUGUACAUUUACUGAUUGAUAACCUUCCAUGUGCUACCCGUUUUGGUCUUUAUGAAGAUCAACCUCAAUAUGAGCAUGGUUAUAGGCUAGGUUUUGUUUCAGGAGGAACUCCUUACAUUAACAACCACUUGAAGCUUAUUUUAAAGUACCAUACUCAGCCAGGGGAGAACUACAGAGUUGUUGGAUUUAUUGUUGAAACACAAAGUGUUGAUCUGUCAAAUUUAGAGUUUAAUGGUAAUACUUGCAGUUUUCCAGAAUCUGCAAAAAAGCAAGCAGUCAAUGUUCAAGGACCAACUAAACUGCUGUUUACGUAUGAAGUUGCAUGGGAAGAAAGUAACAUUCGCUGGGCUUCAAGAUGGGAUCUUUAUUUAGCAAUGACAGAUGUUCAAAUACAUUGGUUUUCUACAAUAAAUUCUAUUGUUGUAGUGUUUUUCUUAUCAGGUAUACUUACAAUGAUUAUUGUUAGAACUUUGAGAAGGGACAUUGCCAGAUAUAAUAAAGAUGAGGAUAUGGAAGACACAAUGGAAGAAACAGGAUGGAAACUUGUACAUGGUGAUGUUUUCAGGCCUCCUAGGAGUCCAAAACUUUUUGCUGCUGUAAUAGGAAGUGGAAUUCAAAUUUUUCUUAUGACUUUUAUUACAAUUUUUUUUGCUAUGUUAGGCAUGUUGUCUCCUGCUUCAAGAGGGGCCUUGAUGACUGCGGCAAUAUUUUUAUACGUUUUCAUGGGGUCUGUUUCAGGAUAUUUUUCAGCUAGACUGUACAAAACUUUGAGAGGUACACAUUGGAAAAAAGCUGCUCUCUACACAGCAACAUUUUACCCUGGUAUAGUUUUCACCAGUUGUUUCUUUCUAAAUUUCUUCAUAUGGGGAAAGCAGUCUUCUGGAGCUGUUCCUUUCACAACUAUGCUGGCCCUGCUUUGUAUGUGGUUUGGCAUUUCAUUGCCGUUGGUUUUCAUUGGUUAUUAUUUUGGAAUAAGAAAACAUCCUUAUGAACAUCCUGUACGCACAAAUCAAAUACCUCGUCAAGUUCCAGAGCAAGUUUGGUACAUGAACCCAAUGCUAUGUACUCUAAUGGCUGGAAUACUUCCCUUUGGAGCGAUGUUCAUUGAACUUUUCUUCAUUUUUACAGCUAUUUGGGAAAAUCAAUUUUAUUACUUGUUUGGAUUUCUGUUUCUAGUCUUUAUUAUUCUAGUCAUUUCAUGUUCCCAAAUUUCUAUUGUGAUGGUAUAUUUUCAGCUGUGUGGUGAAGAUUAUCAUUGGUGGUGGAGAUCCUUUUUUGUAUCAGGGGGUUCAGCUGUUUACAUAUAUGCCUAUUCGGUAUUCUACUUUUUCACUAAGCUCGAAAUAACAGAAUUCAUUCCUACACUACUAUACUUCAGUUAUACUGGCUUGAUGGUGCUUACAUUUUGGUUGUUAACCGGCUCAAUUGGAUUUUAUGCUGCAUACUUUUUCAUAAGAAAAAUAUAUGCGGCUGUAAAAAUAGAUUAAGACAAUUGUUUACUAUUUUAAGUUUAGUCAGGAAUUAUGGUUGUAUAUAAGUAUAAUGAAUAUGACGGCAUAACAGAACAAAACGAAACAUUGACAUCCAGCAGGCUGGAUCAAAACAUUUUGUAUAUAAGAUUUCCUCAUUAGGAAUAUGAAUUAAAUUUAUAUCUCUUCAUAAAUAGUCUUUUCCUUAUGUACCAAAAUUUUUAUUCAUCUCUCAUUGUCAUAUUUUGUUUCCUAAUAAAAUUCAAAAUCUGACUUGGUA